AUGGCUGGCAUCAAGGCAGCCUUCGUAUACCAUCUCCUGGCUGCCUGUGCCGCAGGUGCAGUUUCGGCGGCAGAGGUUUCAAUGAUGGGAAGAUGCAGUCAUCUUGAUUCAGCCUGCGAUAUGGAAGAUGACAACUCCCAGCUGCAGACAAAGCCAGCUGCAAGCGGAUCUCCGGAUUGGUUGCUUUGGAAGAUGAAGGGCCGAAUUGAUGACCUUGAGCACAGAGUUCAAGCUCAAGAGGACACGACGUCUUUGGACUGCAGCUUUGUUUUCAGCGUGGAGCAGCCACAAAAGGGUCGUAUUUUCGUACCUGUAGGGAGCACCUGUGGCUACGACGAUAGCGUGGCUGAAUCGGAUGUUGUUUGCACAGCGACUCAGGGCCCCUCAGACAAUCCACAAUCGGCAACCUCAGACAUAACCCCGUUUGAGUUGCAGCCGGCAAGCUCGGGGUCAAACUACAUGGUGGAGAUUGUUGCCAGCAGCGACCAGUACAAUUUCGAACCCCCUGACGAGUGGCACAUUGCGUGCCGCGCGUCUACUACCCAGGCCUUAGGGCCUAAGUAG